GUACGAGGAGUGUGUUUACAGUCCUGCGUUUUGUCAAGCGGGCUUUUGAAUUAAGUACGCUAGCCUACGUCGAUUUAAAGUCAGCACGAUCACCUUGUCGCUGUACACUCUCAGGCAGUUGCAGUCGCUUUUUUUUUUUAGUUAUUCACGUCUCAUUAAACAGCUGUCGUUUUAGAUUAGAAGUUAAAAUCCGCGGCUCUUCUCUGAUGCAGUCCGUCCUCAGCUCUUAUCACCGUUUGUCCCGCACCAACCGGAAUGCACUGAUUUGCCGUACUGUGCUGCAUACCGUGGCUCCAACCCGACGGAUUUGGAUACAAACCAUCGCCAUUUGUCACUUUUGUGGAGACCGACAACGCGCGGGACUGCAGCGAUAAAUCAGCGCCAUACAAUGUAACUGAAAUGGGAAUGGGCUGAUGUGCAUUCAGGGUUCCUAGAGAAGCUGAAGAGAUGUCGGAGGCUGCAGAGAAGGGCCUGGACUGUGGGCCUCCCCAUCGGGGCUGUGAGCAUGACGACGGCGGCCUGCAGGGCAUUGUGAUCCAGCUCACUGGCACAGAGGGGGCGGGGGAAGACUCUGAGGACAGCGACUGCGUCUUUCUCCCUGACCUGCACCAGGGCACCCCCCUCAGGACAGUCCGGCCCCCCCGCCGCGCCGCGCCCACGCCCGUCCUGAGCGACCGCUCCGCCUCCGCCCCCGCCUUCCUCUCACCCCACCCCUCCCCGCCCAAACCGCUGCUCAGCCUCGUCAAGUCCCUCUCCACGGAGAUCGACCCCAAAGGCGCCUGCUCUUCCUCCUCGUCCCCCUCCUCUUCCUCCACCCUGCGGCCCAAGCCCCUCCUCAGCCUGGUCAAGUCCCUGUCCUCGGAGAUGUCGCGGCGCGAGCCCGAGGUGGCUCAGUCCCUGUCCGACUCCAAGCUCAACCUGCACGUGUGGAAGCAGCUGACCCAGGAUCAUCCCGCGGCCCCGCCCGUCCCCGCCCACGCCCCCGCCGACCCCUGGCCCGCCGAGCCAGAGCCCCGGGGCUUCUUCAAGGCCGAGCUGGAGGACACGCGGCGCAAGCUCUCCGAGGCCAUGCAGGAGCCGCUGAGCAUGCUCAGUAAGAUGAUCCGGGAGGACAGCCCUAAGCAGCAGCAGCAGAGUCGGUCGCCGGGGGCGACGGGGGCGAUGGACACUGCGGGGGGCGGGGCCGAGGACGGCGAUGCAGAGGGGGUGGAGAAGCAGGGCAGGAGGGCGUGGCGGGCAAAGUGUGCCCUGCCCAGCCCCUCCCCUGCCCCUGCCCUGUCCCGGGACAGCAGGUACGAGAUCUGCACGUACGGUGAUGUCAUCCAGGUGGUGGAGAUCGUGGGCCCAAGGCCUGAGGGGAACGGCGGAGGGGCACCUCAACAGGUACAGGGGCCCCGGGGCCCGGCCCGGCCCUCACUCUCUGGGUCGGGGCAGUGGCUGUUCUGCGUUUCGGCGCUGGCCUACAGCUUCUUCGUCCUGCCCCUGCCCUCCUACCUGGCAGGCCUGGCCCUGGGGCUGGCAGGAGGGUUCAUGCUGGGGCUGCUGGUGGUUCUGCUCCUGGCUCCCCGCCGCUCCUCACGGCGCCCCCUCAGGGUGCCCCCCUCCCUACAGGACAGCCUGCGCGCUGACACCCCUGCCCAGGAGCACAGACACCCCAAAAUCCUGCAGGGCUGGAUGAAUGAGAUGCAGGAGUACAAUCCAGAAAUGUACCACCCCUCCCUCACCCAGUCCGUCUACGCCACCCUGGAGGGGUCCCACUUGCAGCUGGCCUACCCCCGCACUAACAUCUCCCGCAGGGCCACCUUCCACGACCCCCUUCCUGACCCCGCCCAGGAGCCCGUAUUCAUCCGCUGGCGCCAGAUCCAGUUGGCUGGCAGCCAGGUGUUUCUGUUGCCCACGGUGCUGGCGCGAAAGAGGGUGUGGAACAAGAAGUACCCCAUCUGCAUAGCGCUGGCUGAGGAGGUGGUGGAGGAGGAGAAGGAGGUGGGGGAGGAGGCCGGAGGGGAGGUGCAGGAGGAGCAGGGGGAGAGGGCCGAGCAGGAUGGGUCCCCUGUCGCCAAGCUGGGGCCCCCCGUCACUCUCUUCCUGUUUGGCCGGACAGGUCGGGAGAAGGAGGAGUGGUUUCAGCACUUCUUGUCUGCCUCUAAGGCGAGGGACUGCGAUCAGGACAGUGGCUCCAAAUCCGACGUGUCAGCGCAGCAGGACUCCACCCCCGCAGGCCUGGCGCAGUGCAGCGGAGGGUCCAGCAGGGGGAGCUCUGAGGAUAUCCCCUCUCUCCUGAGGCUAAAGGACCUGGCGGGCAGCGUCCGGGAGAAGAUCCUGCUGGACUACAGCGCCUACAUGGCCCGCUUUGUGGUUUCAGAGGCCGGCAGUGCCCCACCCAGCCCCCCCCACAGCACUGGUGACAGUCCCACCGCCAAGGAGAAGCUCUAUGAGCCCGUCACUGGCAGUAACGGCGAAUCCCAGCCUGCGGCCACCCGAGGAGUCAACGCCCUCGUCGGCCGGAUCUUCUGGGACUUCCUCCGUGAGAAGUACUGGGCCAAUCAGGUGGCCCACAAAAUCCAGAAAAAGCUGACAAAAAUCCGGUUGCCGUACUUUAUGAAUGAACUGACCCUGACAGAGCUGGACAUGGGUACCUGCAUGCCGCAGCUGUUGAGCAUGUCCAGACCGACAGUGGACCACAGAGGUCUGUGGUUGGAGAUGGAGGUGAUGUAUACCGGCUCUCUGCAAAUGACCCUGGAGACCAAGAUGAACCUCUGUAAGCUGGGCAAGGAAGGCGGGGCCGAGGCUGACAGUGUGCCAGAGUCUGGCUGCAUGAGCUCCAGGCCCAGGUUGUGUAUUCUGGCAGACAGUGAUGAAGAGUCCUCAAGUGCUGGCUCCUCUGAUGAAGAGGAAGUGCCACCUUCUGAGCCCCAGGGGGUUCUGGGAGACAAGGGCACUCCACCGGGUGCUGAUGGUCACAGUGGCUGCAGCACGAGCAGGAAGAUUCUGAAGUUUGUGGACAAAAUUGCCAAGUCCAAAUACUUCCAAAAGGCCACUGAGAAUGAGUACAUCAAGAAGAAGAUCGAGGAGGUGUCCAACACACCCCUGCUUCUAACUGUCGAAGUGCAGGAGCUCUCUGGAACCCUGGCUGUUAACAUUCCACCACCCCCUACUGACAGGAUAUGGUACAGUUUCCGUGUUCCACCGCGAUUGGACCUGAGAGUGAGGCCCAUGCUGGGCGAGAGGGAGGUGACCUUCACGCACGUCACCGAGUGGAUUGAGAAAAAACUGCAGCGCGAGUUCCAGAAGGUGCUAGUGAUGCCGAACAUGGAUGACCUUUACCUGCCACUCAUGCACUCUGGGCUAGACAGUCCUCCAACCUCCCAGCAUUCCCCUGCCUCGUGCUCACGAGAGUCCUCCAUGGAUGUGGGAGAAAAGGAUGAGGUGGUGUCGGAGUAAUGCCGGCCCUUGGGUGGAGGUGUAUUGAAGAUGCAUCCCCUGCGAUUCGGACAGCCCACAGCUGUGCAUAACCGGGAGGACAACUCUGGUGCCUGCUGAAUAUUGAACCCACAGGUCCUAAGAGUGAAAGUCAGCAGCCUGGUGAUUGGAUGGGCCUGGUCUGGGUGUUUAGGUGGACAACAGCACCCUCUGGAGACUGGUGCUGGGAUGGCAUAAGUAGCGCUCACGUCGUUGAGCCUGCUGGGCAGGGGGUGUCAAAGUAAAUUUUUGAGGGCUGCAGUGUCUGCAGGUGUUCAUGGUUUCUUUUCAGUUUGCAGCCAAUUAAGGCCAUGAGAACAAGGUUUGUGGAUUCUUUAGCCAAUCAACAGGUUAAAUUAAUCAAUGGUGCUGAGAUAUGCUGAAAAUCUGCAGACAGCAGUGAAGUUUCCAUCCAAAUAUUUCACAAAUCAUAAGUCGAUAUCCGAAAAGUCGGCAAAAGAAAAUGCAAAUCAGUGUUUCCAUCAGCUACUGUUAUGUGAAUAUUUUGAAGAGGAUGGAAUAUGAUUACGUAAUCAAGUGUGCCAGCUGCCCCUUUUUUGGGCUUUCUGGAGUCUGUGCCAUGUCACCAUUUAUUCAAAAAAUGAAUAAUGAUUCUUUAUCGAUAUGCCAACUAUUCAUUCUCGACCAAGUGUUUUUUGUUUUCUUCAGCAAUGUUUUGCAAAAUGUUUAUUUUAAGCAUUUCAACUUCAAAAUUGGCAUAGAAACAGUUGGAUGGAAAGCCCUCCACUGUGGCUCUCCAGUGCUGGAUUCUGACACCCGCGCUGUAGAGUCUGUCCCAUGGUGUAGCAUGCAGUACAGAGCUGUGAUGCUCGGCUGAAUGUUGGCACAAGUCUCUGAAAUGCAGGCUGUGUUGCCAUGGUGCGCAGGAAGUGUCGGUACAGGAAGGAACCCUAUGUCUCCUGCAUGUGUGAUCCUUCCCUCUCGUCCUUCUGGAGCGGA